UUCAUGAACCCUUGCCGCAUGCUUUACGCUUUAACGUCCAGAAGUUGCGUUUCACGCUCGUUAUUUUUUUUUCUGACACUACCGUAUGUAUAAAUUUGCAGAAGUAUCCCGACGCAUUUAUCUGUGUUUCUAAAGAGUUAGUUUGACCUGCAAAAGUGCACAAGUGAAACUGUUAAGCUAGUACCCAAAGUUCUUUACCUGAACGAAUCCUUUCACUAUCACUAUCAACGGAAUAAAUCUACAAAAUGUCAGUCGUUUUUGAGCGAGGGCUUGUGCCCCGCUCUCCCACUUCUUUUCGUCUUCUGACCUCAAGAGCUCCCGUCGCACUUCUCACAGUGAUGUUCUUUCUCUCUGCGUUUAACACCCUGCUGACCUCCGCCCUGCCCUGCGAAAACGACCACAGCCAAGUGACGCAGUUGAGCGUGAAGGUGAAAGGGUGUACCUGUUGCGACGAGCCGGAGGAGUUUCUGAACAAACACGAGCGCGCGUACUUGCUCUUCUACUCCGGGGCGCACCCAAAUUUGAUGAACGCGAAGAUUUACCAGCAGUACACGGAAUUCGCGAGGCAGUGGCGGUUAUGGAUUGCAAAUAUGUCUGGGUCUGGAAGAUUUCCAGGUUUGUCAUGCAUAUUUCGCAUGGGCUAUGAUGCCUGUAAUGCAUCUCCUAGCAUGACAGAUUUUUUGCGGGUAUCUUGAUGCCUAUCCCGCAUGACAAAUGCCCUCUCCACGGAGCAAAAACUGGACGCCUCUUGCUGCUCAUGCAAUACAGAUUUUUUUUAGAUUCGAAAAAUAGCAUCACAAGUUGCAUUCUUCCAGACCCAGACAUUUUUGCAAUCCAUAGCAGUACACGAAUAUCGCGUUCGGCAUGGUCGACAUUGACAUGGAAAAGGAGUUUUCGGAGAAGUGGCUGGAACCCAACCAGGUGCCCACCAACAUCCUGUUUCAGAACUUUGGCGACCCGGUAGUCAUCGACACGGAAGACUUCAAAAAGGCGCUGUCCCUGUACCAGGGCGCGCCGGAAGGGCACAAGUUUUUGCUCUCGAAGUACUACGGGGCGAACAACAUCCACUUCGCGAAGGUAUUAGAGUCGAAGGAACAGCUGGAAACGAAGUUUUUCGGGAUGAAGAAAAGCGGCACAACCGCGAUGGCCGGGAAGAUCAGGGUACGGUUUUUGAUACUUGAGUCUAUCUAACAAGAUAUCUCGUCCUGUGCGAAAUUCUUUUGAGGCCGUUGUUUUGUAGUUUGUUGUCAUGACAACUACAGGAACACGAUUUUCAUAUCAAAACCACAGGUGAUUGGUCUUUUUCCGGAGCGGAAAAAAGACGACGAUCAGCUGAUCCUUUCGUAUCGGCAAGCGGUUUGGAACGCGAAGGAGAAGCUUGCAAAGGAGAAGAAUCUGAAGAAGAAAAAGCUGCAAGCCAUGUUUUCCAUGACCAGCUCCGUGGAUAUCUCCCGACUCUUUUUUGCACAAAAGGUCAAGCUGAAGGCGAAACAGGCGGACGUGGGCCAGUUGGCCGCCGCUCUGGACCUGGUCAGCGAGUUCAGUUUGGACGAUGAAUCGGGAGUAGAGACGAGUAAAGCUAGUACAACCGGGUCCACCUCGGAUAGCGUGGCAGUUGGAGUAGACAAGAAGUACGAGACUGGCAGGAUUUUCGUGGUCCAAUUCUUGGAAGACCAGGUUGGUGAAAAAGACGUUGCGCCAAAGUGGGAAGUGGUAUAAAAAAAUGGGAAGUGCUCUAACUAUCUUGCGGUCAUUCAGAAAAGCAAUAUUUGGGUCCACAUUUUGUUAGGCGUCGUUCUUCUACUUCCAUAACAUUUCGUUCAAGACAUGUAUCCGAAUUGAAUUUCCGAGGUGGCCGAGAAACGAUUUACCUCGAAGGAGGCUGAGGACAAGGGAAUGGAGAAGUUUUUUGACACGCACUUGCUCACUGCGUUUGCGGGCGGAGAGAGUGGUGCUACCACUGGGAAGGCGAAGAGCACGAAAAAAAAGAAGAAGUCGGAACUGUAAAUUCAGAAAAAUGUAAAUCUCACUCAAAUAGUACCGGUUGUUGUUUGUAUGCAACGAACUCUGUUUUUGCAAGAAUGCACUUUUCGUCAAAAGAUCAAUGCCGAAUACUUCGCUGAGCCUGAAUUCACUCUCGUACGUCAAAAACCGCUCUCAGUCGAAUCUAGCUUUGUAGGUGCACGACAGGCCUGCAAAAUCAUACGAAAUUUGUCAACGCGAACACGAAAACUGGAAGUACCGCUUUACCAGUAGUAAUCGAUGAGGAC